AUUUUGGAGAGUGAAGGAACCAGCCGAAUGAAGUCUCAUUCUGCGCUGUCAUGAGGACAAAGGUCCUCUCUCGACCAGCCGAAUGAAGUCUCAUUCUGCGCUGCCAUGAGGACAAAGGUCCUCUCUCGGGAAUCACUGCAAGGCAGUGACCCAUCGCCAAACCGCCUGCUGCUAGUUUUGCUUUUACUCUCUAUUCUCCUUUUCACCUAUGGGGAAGCCUGGAAACUGGAGACAUAUGUAAAAUAUUUACUAGAUCCUAAUGAUAGGAUGUGUAUGUGUAGUGAUUGGGGUCCUUAUACUAAUUAUGGGAUGAGGGGACUUUGCCAGAGGAAAUUGAAAGGGGGUUUUCAAUCACCUUGUAUUGGGUUCAUUUAUAAUCAGAAAUAUUAUUCUGUAAGUCAUCUUACUAGUACUAGAUAUACUGCUUGGAAAGUUCCUUGGAAAUUAGUCAAAGAUAUGUUUGGAUGUUGCCCCUGGCAAUGUAUUGUGUUCUAAGUUUAUGACUAAUCCUAAAGGUUGCCAUUGUGAAGUGUACAAUGGAUUAGAAGACGACCUGUACCCUAAUAUGAACACAACAACAUUGUAAAGCUUCUUAGAAAAGUUAUCAUGACCCUGAGAACCUGGUGAACCUUACACGAGAAUUGUAAUAAGAUAAAUGACCCUGUUUGUGACAUUGUUAAAGAUUUCUUUUCAUUGUAUCUACCUUAUGUAAAUUGAGGAAAUAAUCUUUGAGGAACUUUCUGUGAACUUUGUACCUUCUCCUUUCCCUGCUAAUAAUCAUGUUAUAUAAUCAUGUGAGACUAUAUAUGUCAGUGCACACAUGCCUGUCUAUGCCUAUCAUGUAGAAUUAGUUAUCCCCCACCUGUUAAGACUCCGGUCCCCAAGUGAUAAAUAACUCCUUCGCUACCUACAAUAAAAGCUGAUGUGCAGAAACUGAAGUGUGACUUCCUUCGCCGACGUCCACCCAUCCCAUCAGGAACCCUGACUGCUGGAGCUGGUCUCCGGCAAGUGGCGCCCGAACAGGGACCUGAAUUGGGACAUGAUGAUCUUAAUAAUAUGCAACGACACUGGGAACCAAGAAAUACUGUCAAACCUACAGUAAUGUGGAAAGACCUUUUAUCUGGUAAAUGGAAAGGGCCUGACAUUUUGCUUACUUCUGGCAGGGGAUAUGCUUGUGUCUUUCCUAAGGAAGCUGAUUCUCCACUUUGGUUACCAGACAGGCAUAUUAAAUAUGUAAAUUCCUUUCCCAGUAAAGUACCUGUAACUACUAGAAAUGAACAAGAGCAGGAAACGGCGCAAUUGUGACAAACCUCCUGUUGCAGAAUUUAAAAGGCUCUCACUGGAGAAACCUGAUCUUUUUCACCUCAAGACAGCGGCCACCUUGGCUGCCCCCCCUCCAACAUGGGGACAGCUUAAGAAGUUGGCUGCUCAGGCUGAACACUUGGUUUUAAGCCAAGGCUGCACACUCAGUCCUUCUGUUUUGUUCGUUGCUAUGCUAUCAAUCCUCGCGUGUCAAGUAAGUACCUGUAGUGCAGAACAAUUCUGGGCUUUCUUUCCUAAUCCUCCUCACUUUCAUCCAGUAACCUGGGAUGAUAAUACUACACAUUUUAUUGUUAAUAAUACUGCUAUUAUGGAAGGUCCAAAAAUCGUAUACUCUGAUUCUCAUACUACUCCAACUAUUAAUUAUAAUUAUACCUACUUGGGAACUUCGCCUUCUAUGCCUAUUUGUUUUUCUAUCCCUACUGUUUGGCCAUACUCCCAAAACUUUCCACAAUGUGUCGGACUUCAAACCACAGGUAUAAUUUUUGACCAUCCACCACCAUCUAAAUUUGAAUCAUCAUCUACGAGAGGUAAGCAAAGUCAAUCGGAAGAGAGGCAUUUACAAAUGGUUCGCCUUAUAGCACCGGGGAUUGAAGCAACUCCGGUAAGAAAAUGGCCUUUCGAUAAUUACUCUCCUUUUUACCUACCUCACCCUCUUGGCCUACCAGACUGCUCUCAAAAGUUUUUUAGACUUAUGCCUAGUGCUCCUUAUUGGGUUUCUUGUUAUUUUAAUUCUACUCGGCCACAAAUUCUGCAAGCCAUGGACGGGAUUACACGCAUUUUUGAUUGGACUAGUCCUGAUCCUUUUGCAGAUUAUAAGCCUUAUUUUAGAUACAAGACAAAUUACAAAGGGUGGGAUCAAACUCUUCUACCCGAUCCAAUAAAUGUAAAUAGAAUUUCUACUUCCGGCUGGGUAGCUCCAGUUUUAACUGCAGUAGUGAAAGGACAAACUUACCUCCAUAAAUAUCUUUGGCAGGCUACGGCCGCUUCACAUCCAAUAACUGCAAGUUAUUUUUCUAAUAAUCAGACUACCUUUGCAAAUUAUUCAGUGACUACUUGUGUGCAGACGCCUUAUGCUUUGCUUGUGUCUCCAACGGCGUACUCCUUAAGCUUUAAAAUGGACCCAAAAACAAAACUUAUAACUACUUCCUGUAAAAGGUGUAUUUUAACUAACUGUAUGCGCCCCGAACUGAAAGCGAAAGCGUUUGUUUUGCUUCGGCAGCCACCUUACAUUAUGGUUCCUGUUAAUGUUACAGACAGUUGGCACGAAAAUUCGGGUUUAGAGGCUCUCCAAAAAUUAGAUUCACUGAUGCAUCCCAAAAGAUUUAUUGCAGCAUUGAUUUUAGGCAUUACAGCGCUUAUUACUAUUGUAACAUCGCUGACGGUUUCGACCAUCGCCCUCGCACAGGAAGUUCAUACAGCACACUUUACUAAUGAACUUUCGAAAAACGUAACUACAGCACUUACCACCCAAGAAAUUAUUGAUCGAAAAUUGGAUGACAAAGUAAAUGUUCUUGAAGAAGCGGUAAUGGCUAUUGGACAAGAAAUAUUAACUUUAAAAAUUCAAUUGUCUUUGCGAUGUCAUUCUGAUUAUAAAUGGAUCUGCGUAACACCCUUACGUGUAAAUGAAUCGGAGCAUAACUGGGAAAGAGUGCAGAGUCAUAUUCUAGGAGUCUGGAAUCAUUCUGAUCUGGGCAUAGAUUUAAGUAAGUUACAUAAACAAAUUUCAGAUAUCAAUCAUGCCUCAGAGGAAUUCUCCCCUGAAGGCAUAGCACAAUCUCUAUAUGAUAAUUUUUCUUCAUGGGUAUCUGGAUCCUCACUGACCACUUUGUUGAUUAAUGUCGGUGUGGCUCUCUUAGUGUUAUUAAUAUGUCUCCUCUUAAUUCCAGUCUUCUUCAAAGUCCUCGCCCGAAGUCUCCAAAAGCUAACUGCUGAAGUUCAACUGCUUGCUUUAAAAAAUAAAAAAGGGGGAAAUGAAGGAACCAGCCGAAUGAAGUCUCAUUCUGCGCUGUCAUGAGGACAAAGGUCCUCUCUCGACCAGCCGAAUGAAGUCUCAUUCUGCGCUGCCAUGAGGACAAAGGUCCUCUCUCGGGAAUCACUGCAAGGCAGUGACCCAUCGCCAAACCGCCUGCUGCUAGUUUUGCUUUUACUCUCUAUUCUCCUUUUCACCUAUGGGGAAGCCUGGAAACUGGAGACAUAUGUAAAAUAUUUACUAGAUCCUAAUGAUAGGAUGUGUAUGUGUAGUGAUUGGGGUCCUUAUACUAAUUAUGGGAUGAGGGGACUUUGCCAGAGGAAAUUGAAAGGGGGUUUUCAAUCACCUUGUAUUGGGUUCAUUUAUAAUCAGAAAUAUUAUUCUGUAAGUCAUCUUACUAGUACUAGAUAUACUGCUUGGAAAGUUCCUUGGAAAUUAGUCAAAGAUAUGUUUGGAUGUUGCCCCUGGCAAUGUAUUGUGUUCUAAGUUUAUGACUAAUCCUAAAGGUUGCCAUUGUGAAGUGUACAAUGGAUUAGAAGACGACCUGUACCCUAAUAUGAACACAACAACAUUGUAAAGCUUCUUAGAAAAGUUAUCAUGACCCUGAGAACCUGGUGAACCUUACACGAGAAUUGUAAUAAGAUAAAUGACCCUGUUUGUGACAUUGUUAAAGAUUUCUUUUCAUUGUAUCUACCUUAUGUAAAUUGAGGAAAUAAUCUUUGAGGAACUUUCUGUGAACUUUGUACCUUCUCCUUUCCCUGCUAAUAAUCAUGUUAUAUAAUCAUGUGAGACUAUAUAUGUCAGUGCACACAUGCCUGUCUAUGCCUAUCAUGUAGAAUUAGUUAUCCCCCACCUGUUAAGACUCCGGUCCCCAAGUGAUAAAUAACUCCUUCGCUACCUACAAUAAAAGCUGAUGUGCAGAAA